GAAAAACGAAUAUACGACUUGAAGAAAAAGAAUCAGGAGCUGGAAAAGUUCAAAUUUGUGUUGGAUUACAAGAUCAAAGAGUUGAAAAAACAAAUUGAGCCACGGGAGAACGAUAUCAAAAAUUAUAAAGAACAAAUCCAGGAAAUGGAAGCUGAACUUGAACGAUUCCAUAAGCAAAAUGCUCAACUUGAAAUCAAUAUUGCAGAACUGAAACAAAAGCACAAAUCGGUUGAGAACGAACUGAUUCAAGAACGUCAGGCAACACGAGACGUGGAAGCCAUGGUGCGCCGAUUCAAAACUGACCUGUUCAAUUGUGUCGGUGCUAUCCAGGAUCCGAAGGUGUUGAAAAACAGUGUUAUUGCUCUCUACAAGAAACACAUUCAUGAAGACUUGACCGGUGAUGCAACAGUGGAUGCGGAUAUUCAAAAGGAAUUUGCUCGACAACGGGAGCAUUUGGAACGCUCGGUGGCCGGCUUACGGAAGAAGCUAGCCAAGGACAGUGAAGUGCAUCGUGUGGGAUAUGAAAAUGUCAGUUUGAUUGGAGAAAUAAACAAUCUACGCAGAGAAUUAAAGCUAUGUCGAAACCGUAUCGCCGAACUAGAAGCAGCUAUUGGAUUGAAUCGAAAACAAGGCGAAAAUGCACGACAACUGUUAACUCAAGUUGCGAAAGGUCGACAGAAUGCUUUGCUCGAGUCCGAGUAUGAACAGGCACAACGUGCACUGGCUGCUCAGUCAACCCUGAUCAGACAGUUGCAAACGAAAAUUGAAGAAUUCGACCAUAACACAAGCAAUGUGGAUGAUCUUCUCCGCGAUUUACAGGCCACCAUUCAAGCUCCGGUCCCAGAACAAGAGCAACCGGUCUAUAUGGGGCCACGCGGACAACCGCUACCUCCAAUCGGAUCAAAAAAGCCACCCACCAUGAAUGAUUCCGUCACAUCAUGA